AUGUCUGAUUUACAGGGUCGGAAGAUCUUCAAGGUCUUCAACCAAGACUUCAUUGUCGACGAUCGCUAUAACGUGACCAAGGAGUUGGGACAGGGUGCUUAUGGCAUUGUCUGUGCGGCACAAAACGUCCAGACUGGCGAGGGUGUCGCAAUCAAGAAGGUUACCAAUGUCUUCAGCAAGAAGAUUCUGGCCAAGCGAGCCCUGAGAGAAAUCAAACUGCUCCAGCACUUUAGAGGCCAUCGCAACAUUACUUGUCUGUAUGAUAUGGACAUUCCACGACCAGAUAACUUCAACGAGACGUAUCUCUAUGAAGAGCUGAUGGAGUGCGAUCUGGCCGCCAUCAUCCGUUCUGGACAGCCUCUCACCGACGCCCAUUUCCAGUCCUUCAUCUACCAGAUCCUGUGUGGUCUUAAAUACAUCCACUCCGCCAAUGUCUUGCACCGUGACUUGAAACCCGGUAACCUCCUGGUCAACGCCGACUGCGAGCUCAAAAUCUGUGAUUUCGGUCUGGCCCGUGGCUUCUCGAUCGACCCCGAGGAGAACGCCGGUUAUAUGACUGAAUAUGUUGCUACUCGAUGGUAUCGUGCUCCAGAGAUUAUGCUAAGUUUCCAAAGCUACACCAAAGCCAUCGACGUGUGGUCGGUGGGCUGCAUUCUGGCCGAGCUUCUCGGGGGACGCCCUUUCUUCAAGGGUCGUGACUACGUUGAUCAGCUCAACCAGAUCCUGCACUACCUGGGCACACCCAAUGAGGAGACGCUGGGCCGCAUCGGCUCUCCCCGAGCCCAAGAAUAUGUGCGCAACCUGCCCUUCAUGCCCAAGAUCCCCUUCCAGCGGCUGUUCCCUAACGCGAAUCCGGAUGCGCUCGACCUGCUUGACCGCAUGCUGGCGUUUGACCCGACGUCCCGCAUCUCGGUCGAGGAGGCCCUGGAGCACCCGUACCUGCAUAUUUGGCACGACGCGUCGGACGAGCCCACCUGCCCCUCGACCUUCGACUUCCACUUCGAAGUCGUCGAAGACGUCCAUGAGAUGCGUCGCAUGAUCUAUGACGAGGUGGUGCGGUUCCGUUCCGUCGUGAGGCAGCAAUCCCAGGCGCAGGCCGCCGCCGCCCAGCAGCAGCAGAUCGCGCAGCAGACCAAUGUUCCCAUCCCGGAGAACCAGCAGGGCGUCUGGAAACAAGACGAACCAAAGCCCCAGGAAGCGCUGGCCGCAGGCGGGAACCACCCCAAUGAUCUGGAAUCGUCGUUGCAGGGCGGAAUGGAUGUCCACCGGUAA